AAAACUAUUGUCCUUAAUUGCAAAGAGAAAACAGCGUAGAGAGUAAAAUAUAAUCACAUUACCCAAAGCAAAGAGACCAAAAUAUUAUCAACACAGAUUAAUCGAAUCCAGACUCAAACUCGUUCCUUUUUGAAACAACUCAAGACUCUUUCUUCGGAGACAACUAAUCUGCAAGUUCGCUAUGCACAGUAUUUAUUGAAAAGGACAUGUUUGUAAGUAGAGUUUAAGUUAAAAAAGAAGAAGAUGGAGGCACAGAAGAAUGUAUGGGGAGGUGCAAUUCCACUGCAGAUACAUCUUCACGAAUCGGAGGUAACGACGCACCAACGUCCGCCUCCAGCUCUAAUUUUAGGUCCAAGAAUUGGUUACUUGCCUCUGCUUAUUCCCCUUAUUAAACCUCAUUUCUCUUCUACUCUUCCUCCUGGAUCCGACACCGUUUGGUUUGACUAUCAUGGCUUGCCGCUUAAGUGGUAUAUACCAACUGGGGUUCUGUUUGAUCUUCUAUGUGCUCAACCAGAACGGCCUUGGAAUUUAACGGUACACUUUAGAGGGUAUCCAAAUAACUUGUUGAUUCCUUGUGAAGGUGAAGACUCUGUGAAGUGGAGCUUUAUUAAUUCAUUGAAAGAGGCAGAUUAUAUAAUUAAUGGAAAUUGCAAGAAUGUUAUGAACAUGUCUCAAUCUGAUCAGGUGGAGCUGUGGCGCUCUGUGAUGAAUGGUAAUUUGGAAGCCUACAUGCAUGCAUCUUCUAAGCUUAAACUUGGAACAAUUGAGGAUGAGUUCACAUUGAAACCGGAUUCGUGCUCUCCAAAAUCACAUAAAACUACUGGUGACGUUGAUAUGGCUGGACAUGUGAAGACAGGUAAAAUUCCAGUUCGGUUGUACAUCUGGACUGUUAGCGAGGAUUUUGAAGAUUUGGAAGAUAUACCUAAAAUUGAUAGUUGGGACAAAAUUUCUUAUAUAAAUCGACCUAUUGAGUUUCACAGAGAAGAAGGGAAGUGCUUCAGCCUACAUGAUGCCCUGAAAACUCUUAUGCCAGAAUAUUUGGCGGAUAAAUCCUUGAUUGAUGAGGAACCAUUUAGAGUAGAAGAUGAGGAACCAUUUAGAGUGGAAGAUGAUGAACAAAAAGUAUCCUCUGAAGAGGCGAGCAGCAAUAGAAAGGCGGCAGAUGGAGGAGAAAUAUCAAGCCAAUCUGCACAUUCUUAUGGUGCUGCUGAAAUUAAACUUGUUCGCAUCCAAGGGAUCGAACCAAAACUUGAAAUACCCUUCUCUUGGGUAGUGAACAACUUGAAGAAUCCCGAGCACUUUCUUCACAUUUGUGUGUAUCUGAAAUUUCCAAAUGUAAAGUCUUUCUGACAGGUAGAUUAACUAAUUCUUUAUGAUUCUUUUGGCUUCGCACUUAGAGCUGGGUAUUUGCAAUCUCAAAGAUUGCAUUCCCUGUAUAGAAUGUACAGAACAGUUGGGAUAAUUACAUGCAAGUAAAUCAUCUUCUUAAAUUUGUAA